CGCUCUGCGUCCUCCAGCAGCAAUCACGUGAUCCAUCUGGAGUCUGUCUGCUGCGAGUAAAAGCUACAGUUAACGUUAACUCUACAAGGACGAUGAAGCUAAUCAUCCUCAAUGACUACGACGAGGCAAGCGAGUGGGCUGCAAAGUACAUCAGAAACAAGAUUUUAUUGUUCACACCUGGCCCGGACAGGUAUUUCACCCUGGGGCUUCCCACAGGAAGCACCCCCAUGGGUUGUUACAAGAAACUCAUUGAGUACUACAAGAUGGGCCAAAUCUCGUUCCAGUAUGUAAAAACUUUCAACAUGGAUGAAUAUGUAGGACUUCCCAGAGAUCACCCGGAGAGCUACCACUCCUUCAUGUGGAAUCACUUCUUCAAGCACAUAGACAUAAAAGCAGAGAACACCCACAUCCUAGACGGCAACGCUGCUGACCUGCAAGCAGAGUGUGCAGCCUUUGAGGACAAGAUAACAGCUGCUGGGGGGAUCGAGCUCUUUGUCGGAGGUAUUGGACCAGAUGGCCACAUUGCCUUCAAUGAACCUGGUUCAAGCCUGGCUUCCAGGACGAGGGUGAAGACCCUGGCAAAGGACACCAUCAUCGCUAAUGCUCGAUUCUUUGAUGGAGAUCUCUCGAAGGUGCCCACCAUGUCACUGACUGUGGGAGUGGGCACAGUCAUGGACGCAAAAGAGGUCAUGAUUCUCAUCACUGGAGCACACAAGGCAUUUGCUUUAUACAAAGCAAUAGAGGAAGGUGUCAAUCACAUGUGGACCGUGUCUGCUUUCCAGCAGCACCCACAGACAGUUUUUGUAUGUGAUGAAGACGCCACCCUGGAGCUGCGGGUCAAAACCGUAAAGUACUUCAAAGGGAUGAUGCAUGUUCACAACAAGCUGGUGGAGCCACCUCCCUCACUGUCAAAGAGGAACUGAGGAUAUCUUGUACAAACUUUGUUGAUUCAUGAGGCAUUUUUUCAAAAAGACAGUUCAGCCCAGAAUCAAAAAUAGUCUUUUCCUCUUACCCCUUAAGCUGCGCUAUUUAUCAAUAGUUCUAUCAUGAAACUGGUCACAAUAAUCUAGAUCUGUGGAUUAUCUUGAGUAAGCGGGCCAUAAUUUCUGGAAUAAGACAGUGCUGUUUGAGUUUUACAAAACUAUUUUUGUGCGCUAUGUUUUAUAUUUUGGGAUGUACUGUCCCUGUAACACUCCAAUGAUUACUUUUUUCUUCUGAUUGAGAUGGUGAACAUCAAGCGGUGCUUGGAGUUGACCUCAAAUAAAUCUUGUAUAAAUAAUCACGUGCUUAUUGUGCAGGCUAUUCAGGUUUUCAUGUGAUUGUUCAAACAGCUUUGAUUUGCAUUUGUUCUUUUUAAUAAAGUGCAAUUCAUUUUUAA